AUGUGGGACGAGCACAUUGUGGCUGAGGAGGAACUGUUUAAACGGCUGUCUGUAGCCAAUCUUACAGUGAACCUCGCCAAAACUAGAUCGAGUAUCGAAGAAAGGCUUAUUCAUGACCUGUUAGACAACUAUGAUAAGAGGAUCCGACCAGCAAAGACCGAUGGAGAUAUCAUUGAUGUGACGUUGAAACUCACACUAACCAACCUCAUUUCAUUGAAUGAAAAGGAGGAAGUACUUACUACAAAUGUCUGGAUUGAAAUACAAUGGAGCGAUUAUCGCAUGUCCUGGAACAAAUCCGAAUAUGAUGGAAUAGACUUGAUGAGAGUCCCUUCCACCUUGGUCUGGCUUCCUGAUAUCGUCCUUGAGAACAACGUUGAUGGUCAGUUUGAAGUGGCUUACUAUUCCAAUGUUCUCGUCUACGAUACUGGUGAUAUAUACUGGCUGCCGCCUGCAAUAUAUCGAAGCAACUGUCCUAUUGCUGUGACAUACUUCCCUUUCGAUUGGCAAAACUGUUCCCUUGUCUUCAGGUCUCAAUCAUACAAUGCCCAUGAAGUCAGGUUGUCGCUAACAAUGGAAGAAGGGAAGUUGAUUGAGUGGAUCCACAUUGAUCCUGAAGACUUCACAGAGAAUGGAGAAUGGACAAUAAGGCACAAGCCUGCAAAGAAGAACAUCAACUGGCAGUUCACCAAGGAUGAUAUCGAGUACCAGGAGAUUAUUUUCUUCCUAAUCAUUCAGAGGAAGCCACUGUUCUACGUCAUCAACAUCAUUGCUCCCUGCGUCCUCAUUUCCUCACUGGUGGUCCUUGUCUACUUCUUGCCAGCACAAGCUGGAGGUCAAAAAUGUACUCUCUCCAUAUCUGUUCUUCUGGCACAAACUAUCUUCCUGUUUUUGAUUGCACAGAAAGUUCCAGAAACAUCACUACAUGUUCCACUCAUUACAAAAUAUUUAAUAUUUGUGAUGAUUGUAUCGAUGCUGAUCGUAAUGAACUGCGUUAUUGUCUUAAAUGUCUCCCUGAGGACACCCAAUACCCACAGCUUGUCUGAGAAGAUCAAACACGUGUUCCUGGAGUUCCUGCCCCGGUAUCUAGGCAUGCAUUUAGAGUCUUCCGAGGAUUCUUGGGACAAGCCUCAGCCGAGACGCAGGAGUUCUUUUGGGAUUAUGAUCAAAGCAGAGGAAUAUAUUCUCAAAAAGCCAAGGAGUGAGCUGAUGUUUGACAGACAAAGAGACAGACACGGUCUGAAAAGAAUCAACAAUAUGGCAGCAGAUAUUGACGUUGGAACGACAGUUGAGCUUUACAGAAAUCUGUCUCACUUUGCCCCGGAGAUAAAGUCCUGUGUCGACGCCUGCAACUUUAUUGCGGAAAGCACCAAAGAAAAGAAUGACUUUGGCGCUGAAAACGAAAACUGGAUUCUGAUUGGGAAAGUCAUCGACAAGACUUGCUUCUGGAUUGCUCUGCUCCUCUUUACCAUUGGCACUCUGGCAAUUUUCCUCACAGGCCACUUCAACCGAGCACCAGAAUAUCCCUUCGCCGGAGAGUACAAAAAAUAUGAACCUGAAUAG